GGCGUAAAGCGUACACAAAAUGAAAACAUUCAAAUUAUUUUCUUUUAUAAUAUUUUGGUAGUUUUGCCUUUAAAUAGCCCAUAUGCUAUAAUUAAUCCAAUAUGAUUCGUCAACGAUUCGCGACAAGAGUAACAACAAAGAGAGCAUUUGUUUUAGAUUUAAAGGAUGAUGAUUCAAAACCAAUAGAAAAGUCUACAGAGGAAAAGAAUAGUACUAGUAAUACAAGUUUUGAUAUUGGUACACCAGAUAUACCAGAUGUGGAUUCAAAUAAAAAUGAAAAUGUGGAAAAUAUCAGAAAUUGUGAAGAAGAUUUCUGCACCCCAAACAGUCCACUCAACUGUACUGGAGUACUUAAUGAGAUACUAAAACAUCCACCAUUAGGUACUUCUACACCAAGAAUAGCUGUACCACAAAACAGAUCUAAACAACCAAAUCACUAUCCAAAAUCUCUGUUUAGAAAUACUUCAUCAAAACUGAACCAAUGCUCCCCAAUUAGAAAAUAUGCUAUCAUUAAACCCUCCAGUCAAAUUCACACAUCUCCUAAGAAAGCUAAAUGGAGGCCUGCUGAAGAUGUGCCAAUAACAGCAAAACUAAAGAAUACUUUUUCCUGUUCCUAUUCUUCAACUAAAACUGUAUCAGAACAAUCUGUUACAUCACCAGUGAAAGAGGUUCAGGAUGUCCCUGUCACACCCAAUUCACAAAGUUCUGAUACAUGUUCAGCUUCCCCCUCACCAGAAGUGCCUAUUCAAAAUAAGGUUCUACAAGAGUCUGUUAAAUCUGUUACAGCUUCUGAACCACACCGAUCAACCAAAAGCAAAGGUUUAAGAUCACCCAAAGUAAACAAAAUCGCCAAACUAAGACCAAGAUCAGCAUUAAGUUCACCAAUAUCAAUAGAAAUACCAGCUCUUAAAUCUCAAAAAGAGAAAACACCUUCUGAGUCCAGAAUUAAGCAUAUAUCUUUAUCAAAAUCUGCCAUCAAACAAGUUUCUAUUGAUUCUGAAUCACCAAUUCCAGAGGCAAGUCAAGGUACGAAAUCAGAAAAGAAAAGUAAGGGAACAAAAUCUAAAAAUAAAGUGCCAAGAGAAGUGAAGCUACUAAUGGAACAAUGUUAUAAAAUGGAGAACCUUAAGAGUCAUUAUCAUGCAGAUACUGGUGAAGUGGAAUUUGAGCAGUAUACCAGAUCACAUAAACCUGUCUGUUAUAAUGUAGAUACUAUGUUAGCUAAAUUUGACAAGCAAUCAGUCCCUAAGAAAAGAAUAGCAAAGAGUCAGUCUGAUGUUUAUAACUUUAGUGGCUGUACUGUAGGGAAAAAAGGACAGCCAAAACCCCCCAAAUCUUCCAAAAGUCCCAAAAAGAAAACAACCUCAAAAUCAAAAAAGAACAUUCCUGAAGAUUCUGGAAAUUCAUCAUCAUCAUUCAAUAUUAAAAGAAAGAAAUCGGCAACCAAAGUAAUUUCAGAUGAUGAUGAUGGAAAUAUAUUUAUACAGAAAAAAAGAAAAGUUUCGAAAGACUCUGAUUCUGGUUACUGCAAGGAGACUGGUGGAACUAAGGAUCCAAAGAAAAAGCCCAAUGCUGUAAGAAGUAAAAGAUCUCUAUACACCCGAAAUUAUGAUGAUUUCGAUUAUGAUAUAUCACCAUCUACCUCAACAACAUCUAACGAAAAUCAUUUCGUUAAAUCUAUGAAACACUUGGUGAAAAAAACAGACUUUCGUAAAAUGCGAAAAACCUCCAAAAAGAGCUAGAGUGCUAAUCAUAGAACUGGACAGUUAUUUAGUUCCUGUGUGUGGGUUGUGCAUCAAUGUUCCAAUAAAAAAGUAGAUUCCUACUCCAAAAAUUUCACACUGUAGGAUGUUGUGGUAUCUAUUACACCAAGCUGGUGAAGAAACAUUUUCAUUUCGUAUGUGGACUAUUUGAAUGUCUUGUUAAUUGUACAGGUCCAAAUGAAAUACCAAUAGAGAAUGACUGUCAUUUCCUAAAUGUUGCUUGAAGAUGUUUUAUAUAAUUAUUUGUAAUUAUAAUUACAUGUAUAUUUAAGUGCUAUGUCAUUUGUAUAUAUUUUAAACUGUUUAUCAUUCAAUGUAUCAAUUACUUGAACAAUUUCAUAUUGAUUCUGAUAUCUGUUUACAGUUCUGUUAAUUAUAAAUUCUCUAAUUGCA